AUGGUGCGAAAAUUUAAAACACAUGAGCAGAAGCUGCUCAAAAAGACGGAUUUUAUGCAAUGGCAAGUUGAUCAGCAGGGAAGGCAAGGAGACAUGCUGCGGAAAUUCCACGUCACAAAACGAGAACAUUAUGCAUUAUACAAUACGUUGGCUGCUAAGAGUCGAGAAUUGGCCGAAUUGAUCAAAAAUCUUCCGAUGGGCGAUCCAUUCCGAUCGAAAUGCACACAAGAAGUGCUUUCGAGAUUUUACGCAGCUGGAUUGAUUCCAACUGCGGAUAGUUUGGAGAAGAUUGGAAAGAUUUCUGGAGCAAGUUUUGCGAGACGACGGCUUCCAGUUGUUAUGAGAAACACUGGGAUGGUGGACAGUGUGAAGACAGCUAGCGAUUUGGUUGAGCAAGGGCAUGUCAGAAUUGGAACCAAAUUGGUUACCGAUCCUGCGUUUAUGGUCACGAGAGCUUCUGAAGAUAUGAUCACCUGGACGAAUGCAAGCAAAAUUAAGAAGCACGUACUGGAUUAUAAUAAUACCCGAGAUGACUUUGAUCUCAUUGUGUAG